UGGGGUGUUCUGAGUCCAAAGGGAAAAGAGAUGAAAAAAGAGAAAAUCCCAAAUAUAAACCUAACCUAUAAUUCCUCAAUAGGAUAAGCAAAGGAGAAAUAGAACCCUCUUCCCACCUACAACCCACACAAGCUCCACUACUUGUGGGGCAGGGAGGACUAAUGGCAAAGUUCAAGGGCUGGGACUGGGAUCCACAGGGCCGAUCUUGUGGGCCCCAAGCCCCUUGCCCAGCCCCCAGUACUUCCUCCUCAGGAUCUAGGACAAUGAACAGGGGAGGGUGGGGUCAUCCUGUAUACCAAACCCCAGAGCUCCGCUGCUCUGAAGGACCUGGAAUACCUGUGUCUCAAUGGGGAGGCAUGAAUGAGAAGGGAAGGGAAAGGAAGCAAGCUGGUCCCACCCCCAAGCCUGGGGCUAAUACUAUGGCGUCCACUGCCCAGGGGAAGGUGCCAGGCUGGAGCCCAGGAAUGUGGGUAAUCGGGUACCCACACCCAGGAAGGAGACUCUGGGCUGCCCACACCCAGAGACGGCAGGAGGAGGACUAUGGAAAAGGUCCAGGGAUGCCAGGCCCCAAAGGACCUCCAACCUCGGUCAUACCAGCCUUCUUCCUAAACAGAACACGGGAGGGGAAAAGGGGCACCAAGGAGGACAUUUAGUCCAGCUACCCAAUCCAGUCCAGUCAUGCAGGUACAAGAAGAUGGAGACAACCUCAUGCCUUUUGCAAAAUGUUCCAAAGUGGUCAGCCGAUCUACACCCCUAGGCCUGCCUUCCCAGAGCCUCAAACCAAUGGUCCAGCAUUAUGGUGAUGUCUUUUGGGAGAACCUUAGCCAAAGGUCUAGCUCCAACUGGAUGGAGGAACAGUACAUUCCACCCAAGUUGAGAACCACUGGUUGCUCCCAGCCUGGCCUAUACUCUCCUGAGGGGCUACCUCCUCCUGAGAUGCUUUGCAGAAGAAAGAGAAGAAGGCUGCAUUUGGAGAAAAUAAAUCAGGGACCUGGGGGCAUCCCAGCCCGAGUAAGGGCUGUCACUUAUCACCUGGAGGACCUGAGGAGGCGCCAGAGAACCAUCAAUGAGUUGAAGAAGGCUCAGUGGGGCAACUGCAGAGUUGCAUCUGAGCCCCUGGCACUUGAGGCAGAAGGCUGUGGAUUCCCUGCCACCACUGAAAACUGUGAUCUGGAGGCGAAGAGGACAACCUUUCUACAGGAAGGCCAUUUUGUUGAUCCUGACAGGGCCCAGCUGCUUUGGUCUCCCUGGACUCCUCUGGGCCAGCGGAGUUUCUGUGCCUCUGGGAGUCUGAGCUCUUUUUCCUGCAGCGCUGUUAGAGCCAGAAGGAACCCCAUUUACAACCUCCUGGAAAUGGAACCCGAGGAGUAGAGAGGAACCAUCCAAACCCAAGAAGGUUGGGUUGCCUCAUGGCCCAUGACAAGUUCCAUCACCAGCAUCGCCCCGUUGCCCCCAUCGAAACCACACGUCCACAGCUAGUCCCCCAGCCCGCUUUCCUCCGAGGCCCUUCUAUUAUUAAAGCACGCCAGUGCAGCCCUUCUGUGUGAGCCAGUGACGUGAAGGGCGGGGGAGGGAGGGCUCCGUUCGCCUUCUCAAGGACCAGCCGCAGUGAAGUGGGCAGGGUCCUCGGUCUGCAGUCUCGCCCCCGAGGCCCGAAGCGUUCAGCCCAGGUCCGGCGCUCCCCGCGAGACCCUCAGGCCCCAUC